UCCCUGACUGCCCUUCAAUCCGAGUUUGUUCAGAGUAGCACCACAAAAUUAUCAGCUAAAUUCGAAACAGUUUUUGCGUCCCCUGUUUUGGGAAAUAAUAAUAAUUGAAGCACAGGCAUGGGCUCAAGAUCGCGAUGGGGACGGAUUGAUGCCCGUGUGACGGUCAAUCUGGUGCGAGAGCCAUCGAUGGGUGUUAUGAAGCUGAAUCGACGGACACUGGAGCGACGCGUGGAUCAUCAGCUGAUGCUGAUGUCUUCUCCAGUGCCGUUUGUCAACUUCAUGAACAAGUUCCGCCUGGACGAGAUUCUGAUCAAUCAUCAGGCCCGUGGGGUGUUCAGCAUGCGCGACUCGGCCACCGUUACGGAGCUGGCCUGCUACACGUGGAAAAUCAUGUCUGCUAGCGAUCGUCUGCCCUACACUCGUCUGGCCAUGAAAGCCCGGGAGAUUCAGAAUGCGCGCAAACUCUACUUUCAGGGCAACAGCGUUAGUCGAAUAGUCCCCAGCAGGGCCCUGGCUCAAAACUGAGCAAACGCUCGAAUG